UUCAGAUCUCCUUUACGAACUCGAAAAGCCCAAGUGCAAUGGCGGCGGCUGCGCCCACCUCUUUCUCCACCACCACCGCCACCACCUCUUCUAAGGCCCUAAAACCAUCGUCCAAUGCGCCAGCUCUCUCCUUGAGCUUCCUAUCGUCCUCUUCCCCUUCGCUUAGGUCGCUCCGUGCUUCCCGAGCUGGGUCUCCAGCUUCCGGCUCCGCUCUGGCGGCGCGCAUGGUGUCGGCUCCAGCGAUCAAGCCCCCUGCGUUGCUAGAUUUUGAGACCUCCGUUUUCACUAAAGAGAAAAUCAACCUCGCCGGUCAUGAUGAGUACAUUGUGAGAGGAGGGAGAAAUCUGUUCAAGUUGUUGCCGGAUGCAUUCAAGGGCAUAAAGCAGAUUGGAGUGAUUGGUUGGGGUUCACAGGGACCUGCUCAAGCUCAGAAUUUAAGGGAUUCUUUAGCUGAAGUGAAGUCUGAUAUUGUGGUCAAGAUUGGUUUGAGGAAGGGAUCUAGAUCAUUUGCGGAGGCCCGUGCUGCUGGCUUCACAGAAGAAAAUGGGACCCUAGGAGACAUAUGGGAAACUGUCUCCAGCAGCGAUUUGGUGCUGCUCUUGAUAUCAGAUGCAGCCCAGGCUGAUAACUAUGAAAAAGUGUUCUCCCACAUGAAACCAAAUAGCAUACUGGGACUUUCCCAUGGGUUCCUGUUGGGCCAUCUGCAGUCAAUGGGUCUUGACUUCCCCAAGAACAUUAGUGUGAUAGCCGUAUGUCCGAAAGGAAUGGGACCCUCUGUGAGAAGGUUAUACGUCCAAGGGAAAGAAAUUAAUGGUGCUGGUAUCAAUUCAAGUUUUGGCGUCCACCAGGAUGUUGAUGGCAGAGCCACAGAUGUUGCCCUUGGAUGGUCAAUUGCCCUUGGUUCACCUUUUACUUUUGCCACUACUCUGGAGCAGGAGUACAGGAGUGACAUUUUUGGAGAGCGUGGCAUUUUACUUGGUGCUGUGCAUGGGGUUGUGGAAUCCUUAUUCAGAAGGUACACUGAAAAUGGAAUGAGUGAGGAUCUUGCUUACAAGAACACAGUGGAGUGCAUUACAGGAAUAGUAUCUAAGACCAUAUCAACAAAGGGUAUGCUGGCUGUCUAUAAUGCAUUGAGUGAAGAUGCCAAAAAAGAAUUUGAGACAGCAUACAGUGCUUCAUUUUAUCCCUGCAUGGAUAUCCUGUAUGAGUGCUAUGAGGAUGUAGCCAGUGGCAGUGAGAUAAGGAGUGUUGUUUUGGCUGGCCGUCGUUUUUAUGAAAAAGAGGGAUUGCCUGCUUUCCCAAUGGGCAAAAUUGAUCAGACACGGAUGUGGAAAGUUGGUGAGCGAGUACGAGCAACACGUCCUGCAGGUGACUUAGGACCCCUGUAUCCUUUCACUGCUGGAGUCUUCGUGGCAUUGAUGAUGGCCCAGAUUGAGAUUUUGAGGAAGAAAGGCCACUCUUACUCUGAGAUUAUUAAUGAGAGUGUGAUUGAGGCUGUGGAUUCAUUGAAUCCUUUCAUGCAUGCUCGAGGUGUUUCGUUUAUGGUCGAUAACUGUUCGACGACAGCACGGUUGGGAUCAAGGAAAUGGGCUCCAAGGUUCGAUUACAUCCUUACCCAACAGGCACUGGUCGCAGUGGACAAUGACACCCCCAUCAAUCAGGAUCUUAUCAGCAACUUCCUGUCUGACCCUGUCCAUGGUGCUAUUGAAGUAUGCGCCCAACUGAGACCUACCGUCGACAUCUCAGUGCCCCCAGAUGCUGACUUUGUGCGCCCUGAAUUGCGGCAAUCUGGCAACUGAAAUUUCAAGGAAAUCUACGCAUGAGCCAGUAGUCCGCUAAUGUCGAAUUUAGGGACCUUAUGAGUAAUGCUGUUUUACUAGUAGAAAUUUGUUGCGUAUGUCCUUUUUCUGACAAUGUGACUUGGCCUGCUCUAGUAGUUGAUAUAAUCUUAUGAUAUUUGAGUGCUUAUUCUAAAAAAUUGUUAUUGUGUUUGCCAAA